GCUGUUCAGAGCAUCAUCACACCUCCAACAGCAGAGUGUCUGCGCUUUGCUGGGCUCAGAUACUGCGUCCUUUCGGCGCCUCCAGGUUUUACGUUGCGAUGCUUCGCCACAAGAGACAGACGGAGUUUGUGCGUCGUCUCCGCUGCCCUUGUCAAGCGCUGUGUAGUUGUUGUUUUUCCUUCUCAUCACAACAGCAGCUUUAACGAGGGAUUAGAGAAACCUGACCAAGAGCUUUGCAGUCACUCUACCGGCGUCUGCAAACAGGUGUUUCCAUCCUACGUGACUGCGCACUGAGCUUCAUCCACGACUAUUCUGCCAACCCAUUUGCGCGCACAUGCCGUGUAGUGAGAUGAUGCAAAACCACUUGCGGGGACUGGAUUUGUGCGUAUUUGUUGUGAUGCUGAGGAAAUGAUGCAGGUGGGGGAACAUGCAGCGGGCUGAGGUGAAAGUCUUCGUGCAGCCUCACGGCAGGAUGUGUGUUUUUCAUUUUCUUAAGUUUUCCUCGGAUACGCAACGGACAAUUUCCUGAGUUACAACUAAAACCACGAGAAAUGAUCCACUCGGACAUUAUCUAACAGGCUUCAGCGCGCUGCUGCUGCUGCUGCUGGGACUAUUUUAUUGUCCCUUCCUCAAACAAUACUUUUCAAAUUUUGUUUUAGCACUGCGCCUGGACGUUUCCCUUAAGAAUCCAGUUAUCUGGAUUCAAAGGGAGUGAUUAUUCUCACGCAAAUUUUUACCAAACCGCUGCCAAACUGGCUAUGGCUGCAGCGAUCGCCAGCUCCCUCAUAAGACAGAAAAGACAGGCGAGGGAGCGGGAGAAGUCUAAUGCCUGCCGCUGCGUAAGCAGCCCCAGUAAAGCCAAAGGAAGCUGUGAAAAACCCAGUCGACUGAAUGUCUUCUCCCGGGUCAAACUCUUUGGUUCCAAGAAGAGGCGAAGGAGACGACCAGAGCCCCAGCUGAAGGGGAUCGUGACAAAGCUGUACAGUCGACAAGGUUUCCACCUGCAGCUGCAGGCAGACGGAACCAUUGAUGGAACGAAGGAGGAAGACAAUGGUUACACUGUGUUCAACCUUAUUCCAGUGGGACUGCGAGUGGUGGCCAUCCAGGGGGUGCAGACCAAACUCUAUCUAGCGAUGAACAGUGAAGGCUACCUAUACACAUCAGAACACUUUACGCCAGAGUGCAAAUUCAAGGAGUCGGUGUUUGAGAACUAUUAUGUGACAUACUCCUCCAUGAUAUACCGGCAGCAGCAGUCAGGCAGGGGCUGGUACCUUGGUCUGAACAAGGAGGGCGAAAUCAUGAAGGGGAACCACGUCAAGAAGAACAAGCCAGCAGCCCACUUCCUUCCCAAACCUCUCAAGGUGGCAAUGUACAGAGAACCAUCCCUCCAUGACUUGACAGAGUUCUCCCGCUCCGGCAGCGGCACACCCACCAAGAGUCGGAGUGCCUCGGCCGUACUCAACGGAGGCAAAGCCGUGAGCCAGAAUGAGUCAACGUAGCCCGGUUUCGGAGAUCCGGGCCCUGUGGUUGAACCAUGAAACCUUACCUCCAGCAGAGCGUGAAUCCAAGCAGACUUCUCACUGAUCAGCGGUUCAGGACUUGCUACAACUAACAACACACAAACACCCACACAACAUCUAUAAAAUAAUAAUAAUAAAAAACAACAACUACAACAACAAAAAACAAAAACACACAGCUAAGCUCCAUCUUGGUCGAUCAUUGUUUCCGUCUCAAAAUACUGUAGUAUCGAAAGUAAGAAACUUGACAGAACACAAACCAUUCUAGACUUAAAGAGGCAAUUUAUAAAUUUGUCUUGGCCUUGGGAUUUAUUUAUUAACUCGAUUACUCUCUUUUGGUGAUAAUUGCAUAUACCAGUUAGCUCAUCUAUAUCCCUAUUUUCUUCUAAUUUUGUGUGGACAGUUACUUUUCUUUGGUCAUGUAGACAUCAAGCACUCGUGCAUCAGACCGUGACAAGAAGUUAGACAUGCAAGUGUUCAGGGCAGCCAGUAAUGAUGCUGGUCUACAGGCUGUAGUCAUACAGUGCAAACCCUGCUUCUGUGAAAACAAAGCCUAUAAACUCCCUGGUAUGGCACAGCCUAGAGUUACUGGGACUGUGGCCAGCCAGAAGGUAGCUCUCCUGCAUCCUAGUGCACACGCUCAGAGACUGAGCUCUCUGUAGCACAGGAAAAUGAAGCCUAUGUUCAGCUGACCUGAUAUAUAAAAAGGGACAGUGUGGCUCUCUUGCAGUUUUUUUUUUUCCUGAGAUACCACACCUGCACCUUUGUUAUUUUUUUUGCUAAUUUACUGAAUUAGCAGAGAGCUUUUCAUUUGAUAACUGGUUUGUUAUUGUCUUUUCUCGUUCCCUGCCCUUGCCAUUGUUCAGUAUUUGUGUUUUUGUUGCCAUUUCGUCACUGAAAGGAGUUCCAGCAAACCAAAGACAGAACCUAUGAGAGUCCCUUUAAGCCACUGAAACCAAGUCAGAAUUAAGGCAAAUCUGGAAUUGUUGUGCAUUGUACAUGUUUGAUGAAAAGAAAGCAAAGAUUGUGCGGGACAAAAAAAAGGAACAAUGGACAAAGGAAGUGAUUUUAAACACUUUACAGUUAGCAACGUGUUGCAAUGUUAUGCUUUUUGCUGAUGUGCUCAGUGGCUACGUUCUGAAAUGAUUACUGAAAUGAUGUCCCCAUUACCUUCUGUUACUACUGUGUUCACAACGUCUUCGUCUUUUGUCCUCGUGAUCCGUCCCCCCACCGCCCCCCUCCCCCUGUGCUCGUGUCAUGCUUCGACUCCCCUGCCAUCCGUUUUGUCGACUUCUAUUGACUGAUACGGUUCACCAUAGAAAUAUGGUGCAACAAGCCCCUUCCCCAGGAUGCUUGUUAUGUGUUUGAGUAACUUAUUGUGGUGAAAAUAUUUUCUAUAUUUAAAAAAGAAAAAAAAAAAAAGGAAAGAAUACUGUGGAAUUUUAGGUGGCUUAACAUUUUAUAGGAUACGUCAUAUUUGUAAAAGUGAAAAAAGAAUAAAAAAAAAUUAACCUUCCCUUUCUUGCACAGGGCAUGUACAAACACUAUCAUGUACAAAAAGGACCCUUUUUGAGGGCUAUGUACUCUUCCUUCAGCUACAUAACUUUUUUCUGGUACAUGCGUCUUGGAGGCUUUUUUUCUUGGUUUCCUCCAGAGGUGGUUUGUAUAAGGUGAACCUAUUUGUUGCAUGGGAGAAAGCAGGCACAUUCUGGUCUAGAGCUGCAUGAUGUAGGCUAUGUGUAUUAACCCAUGUUGGAUCAUGUGUUCCAAACUACCAGAUCUGAUAAAACAACAUAAACAGGCAGGCAUUGUGACUGCCUGAUAACUUCCAGUUGUUUAUUAUUUGUUGUAUACACAAAAAUGCACUGAAUAAAAUGUUUAUAUUAAGAUAUACUUUUAAAA